AUUUUGAUCAGACGUGGGCGUGUCUGUCGCUAAUCUUUUGAGGUGUGUCCCUGUGUCCCGUCCGCUUCCAUCCCAACUGCGGCCACCUGCGGCUUAUUUUGCUCUGUCCGAGGCAGCUGCGAUGACGCUGGACGGCGAAAGUGCCGUGGGACGCCGUGUCGAGUGCGACGGACAUCGCGGCACGGUGCGUUACGACGGAGAAAUCGAGGGCGCGGGCGCCGGACGCUGGCUGGGCGUCGAGUGGGACGAUCCCUCGAGGGGCAAACACGACGGCGUCCACCAAGGACGCAAGUAUUUUGAUACAAAGUGCGCAUUAGCCGGUUCCUUCGUCCGACCGCACAAAGUAAACCUGGGACGCUCGUGCGCCGAGGCCCUCCUCGAGCAGUACGAAUCGUCCUUUGAAGCGCAACUGACCAGUUUCCGCACAGGCAGCUCCGGCAUGGUCAAAACCGCCGAGUUCGUCGGCUUCGAGAAGCACCUGCAGAAGAUCAGCAACCACAACGCCCUGCGAAUCGUGGUCCUGAGCAACCUGUGCAUCAGGCACGGCGACCGCAGACUCUCCGAACUGUGCCCCAACGUCGAGGAACUUGACCUGAGCAAGAACCUUUUGUCGAACGUGGCCGAUGUGGCCUCGGUGGUGGAACAUCUGCCCCGUCUCAAGACCCUCCUCAUCAGUCACAAUCUAUUCUCCUCUUGGGCUGGACGCAAAGAGGUUUUUGACCAAAUUCAGAAUUUGGUCGCCGCCAGCAUGGAGCUGACCGCCCUGGACGAGAUUGCAGACUUGUUUGCAAAUUUGGUCACCCUCAAAGUGCCUCAGAACAAAAUCUGCAGUCUAAGCCAACUCAAUUUUCCUCUUCUGCGAGAGCUCGAUCUGGACGGAAAUCAAAUUGAGUCGUGGGACGCUGUCCAGAAACUGUCCGCCCUGCCCAAUCUGCAAAUUCUCCACUUGAACAACAACCGAAUCGGUUCAAUUCCGGACUUGCCCAGUUCCGUGUUUCCCAAACUUGGCACACUCUACCUGUCCGGAAAUCUUCUGUCCGACUGGCGGUCGGUAAGCGCCCUCGAGUUCUUGCCAUCCUUGGAAGAGUUGAUCUUCAAGGACAAUCCCCUUCUGAACGCAGAAAGUCCCGAGACAAAUCGGCAGAUCAUUAUUUGCCGGCUGGCCAGACUGAAGACGCUGGACAAAGUGUCCGUCUCUGCGUCCGAGAAGAGAGGCGCCUCCUUCGACUACCUCAAGAAGUACGGCAAGGAGUACCUGGCCUGCAGAAGCAACCCUCAGGACUUAAAUCUCUUCUACGCGAAGCACCCGUGCUACCAGAAACUGGUCGAGGUCCACGGCGCCCCCGAGGAGUCCGAACUGUCCGGCCAGAAGAAGAAUCUGCUCAUCAACGUCAUGAUCGAGUGUCCGCAGCUGAAGGAGAACGGCCACGUGGAGAAGAAGCUGCCCCGGACGAUGAAGUUGCAGCGCUUAAGGGGCAUGUUGCCCAAGCUGCUGCCCUCGGCCCCCAACAUGUUGAAGUUGAGCUACAUUUGCCGCGACAAGCCCGAAAUCAAGUACGAGUUUGACAACGAUCUCAAGGACUUGGCCUUCUACUCGAUUCAAGACAAUGACAGCAUAGUGGUCGAGUGGUGAAGAAAUUAAAUAUAUUGAUGAUGCCUAAUGUGAUAUUAAUAGCUGUAGAGAAAAGCGAAUCAAUUGGACAUUCCAGCAGUGGGAAAAAUCAAAAUUACCUCCGAGUAAAUAAAAUAAGUUAAAUGAAAUAAAGUUUUAUUUCAUCAGGAA